AUGGCAUCUUCAUCAUCAUCUUCUCAAACAUGGAGUCAUGAUGUUUUCCUUAGUUUUAAAGGAGAAGAUACCCACAAGACUUUUGUGGAUCAUCUCUACUCGGUUCUUGUACUACAAGGAAUCGGCACUUACAAGGAUGUUGAAACACUUCCUUGUGGUGAAUUAAUCAACACAUCCCUUAUGAAGGCUAUUGAGGAAUCACAUAUAGCUGACAUCAUAUUCUCUAUAAACUAUGCAGAUUCAUCGUGGUGCUUAGAUGAAGUUGCACAUAUUAUGAAAUGUAAGGAUACGAAUGGGCUAAUUGUUAUGCCUAUAUUUUAUGACAUGGACCAGUCUACAGUGUGA